AUGCCUCGUCUGACGUGCGUGGUUCCUGGUGGGCUGGCGCACACGGCGGGGCUGCUGCCGCUGCGGCGCGAGGGGCGGCGCGCGGAGACGGACGCCGAGGCCGUGCGGCGGGUGCGUGCCGCGGGCGCCAUCCCGGUCCUCGUCAGCAACUGCCCCGAGCUGUGCAUGUUCUUCGAGUCGUACAACGGCUCCGUCGGCACCACGCGCAACCCGCACGACACCCGCCGCACGCCCGGAGGCUCCUCCGGCGGAGAGGCAGCUCUCCUAGCAGCUGGUGCUUCAGUCAUUGGUAUAGGAUCUGAUAUUGGUGGCUCAUUGAGAUUACCAGCCAUGUUCACAGGAGUGUUUGGUCACAAACCUACUGCAGGUAUAGUGUCUGAUAUUGGUCAUUUGCCCAGAAGUGACGACACAGAUUGGUGGAGGUUCUUUUCUGUUGGACCAAUGACCCGCUAUGCUCAAGAUUUACCUCUUAUGCUGAAGUUAAUGGUGAAAGAUGAAGUGGUCCCCUCUCUUAAAUUAGAUGAAAAUGUAGAUGUAUCACAGCUCCGUAUAUUUUACAUUGAAGAAGUAGAAACUUAUUCAUCUCUUCCAGUAAAUUCAGAUGUUAUCUCUGGAUUACAUAGAGCUGUAGAUCAUUUAAAAAUCAAGUGCAAAAUAGAACCACAAAAAAUUUACAUCAAAGAACUAAAAGAUCUUUUCUCAAUCAUGCUAACAUGCUUAUUUAGUCUUGAAGGAUUAGAAUCAGUAUUUCAAACAAAUCAGAAUCCUAAAGAAAGAAAAAACCCAUCUGUGGAGUGGUUGAAAAAAAUUGUGGGUUUGUCUGACUUCUGUGCUUAUUCUUUGCUUUAUGCUCCACUGAAAUUUUUAUUUGGCAAUUUACCCAAAAAUAUACGAACUAAAUAUAUUGAGUUAAUUGGCAAAAUAAGAACACAACUUGAGGACAUACUUAAAGAUGAUGGUGUGCUGUUGAUCCCAACAUUUUGUAAACCUGCUGUUUUUCAUGGUGAAAUGUAUAGUUAUUUCAUGAAUGGAACAUCAUGUUUUAUAUUUAAUUGUACUCAAAUGCCUGCUACAAAUUGCCCUGUUGGAAGAUCAAAAGAAGGGCUUCCUAUUGGAAUACAGAUUGGUGCUUCCCGCUUUCAAGACAGGCUAUCAAUUGCUGUAGCACAGGAAUUAGAAAAUGCACUCGGAGGAUGGAUAAAACCCUAAACAUAUUAUUAACAUUUAUUUUUAAUACCUACCAAAGUACAAAAUUUUGUGAGGAACUGAUGAAUGUUUGUAGAAAUUCACUGUUUGGUAUGCUGUGAAAGAGACUGAUCCUUCUAAGAUUACAGCAUUUCAAGUUUUAUAUUUCAUAUGACAUCAUGUGAAUAGUAUUAUGAUAACUUAUAAAUAUUGUUCACUUCAGAUUAAAAUGUCAUGGUAUAGCAUGAGGGGAGACAAGGUAUACAUGUCCACUGAAGCAAAAUAUUAAUAAAUACAAUGUAAAAUAAAUAUUUCAAUAGAAGAUAUUCCUCUUCAAUUCUAAGUUAAUUACGAGUGAAGAAGACAAAAAUGGGAUUAGUCAGUACCUUGCCAGCUGCAAUAUGAUAAACACUAUUUAAGGCAGUGCCUUGCAGAAAAGCCUGAGGAUAGACAGUUUGUGAUGUCUUUGCAGGCUCAAUUUUCCAUAAGGAAAAGUUGCAUACACAUCGCUGCCAUCACAUCAGGAAACCAAGUAGACACUGCGUACAGAAAUAAAUGUAAAUAAAUUCUGCGCAUGUAUAGCAUCUACCAAUUAUGAAAUCCAAAUGUGGAGCCUUCUUAUGGGCCAAACAGACAUCGCUUCAACUUCUGGGUUAGACUUGUCUGUUGUCACCUGCAGGCAUGUCAGUACAUAGUGGUUUGUCUCUGAGCUUCAAUGUGUAUGUAGCCACAUGUUUUGUUUUGUGCAUGAUUCAGGGGAGAAGGAGGCAACAAAAAAUGAUUGUUUAGAUAUGUAACAGAGUUACAAUUUAUGCAAUACAUUUUCCAGUUCCUGGCAAAAUAACAAUUUUAAAACUUAAUUAAUUCAUGUUAUAAAACAAUUAUCAGGUUGUUGGAUAGAUGGAUCAAUUGUAAAGAGAAAAUAUUACUGCAAAACAUUCCAAAAAUUGUAUGUUAAGAUAUAUGAUAUAAGAUUACUUCAUUAUGGCCCCCUUCAGAUGUCACUCAAGUAUGAUAAAUUAAUACGGUAGUUAAAUAUUUAUUAAUAAUCAUUAAUAAUAUAUUUAUUAAAUAAUAUUAUAAUGAUACAUUUUAAUUGAAAUAAUUAAACUGUAGUUUGCAAUGCAUUUUCAUUAUUAUUGUUAUUAAUUCUAUUGAUAUUAUUAUUAAUUUAUUAAUUAUAUUAACAUUAGGGGCAGCACGACCUAAGUUACACGAAUGAAAAUAACUAUGCUUACUAUGCUGCAGUAAUGAAGCUUAACAGAAUUUUUGAUGAAUGUCUGUGCUUGGUUGGACUGUCUACCCUCUUGAUUUUAUCAUGCUAAGCCACUGUUUAAAAGCCACAAUGUUCCCAAGAAAAUAAGUCAGAAACAUGAAUGAAACCAUGAAAUAAUUAUGUUUGUGUAAUUUUUAUAAAGAGGUUUCUAAUAAUCUGAAUGAAUAGUAAGCACUUCUUAGGAAUUCAGCAUUGUUUUCUAAAGUCUGAAACAUUUUCUAUUCUCAAGUGAAGUUAGGUGCAUGGAAUUUUAAAACCUCCAACACAAUUCAUUCAACUUAUUAAGUAUUUGAAUCUUUUCACACAUCACUUUCUCAAUCUCCAUUCAUUUAUCUAACAUAUUCUUGCCAGCCAAUUUAAUUUUUCAAUAAUAUAGCUUAAUAGCAGAACAACUCAGUUUUUUAUAAACAAUAAUGAUGUGUCAAAAACAAGCAGGGGAGAAAUGUCUAUUAUCAAAAACUAGCAAACAGUACAGCACACGGUCUUAGUUCACAAUAUUCCAGUACUAAUUGUUGAUUAUUUUGAUUAUGAAUUUGUGAAUAGUUCUCAAUCCUAGAUAAAUACAUCACAUAAUUGUACUAUCAUGAAGAAAUAAACACUCCAAGAAACAAUGAAAGGUAAAAUUGCUUUAAUUCUCCUCCGAGUUGGAGGGUUAAGCCAAAAAUAAAUAAGUCAGAGAAAAAAAUAAUUAAUUUUUUUCUUUCAAGGGAUAAAUUUAUUUCAAAUAUUUUGUUUGUAUUAGAUUUACUAAUAAUUAAUGCUGAAUAACACUGAAUAAUUAUUUUAUUUUAAUUGUAUGUUUUUGACCGGAAAAUCAUAUUUUCUCAACCUAAUAAUAAUGAGAAAACCAAGGUUCAUAAAUUGGAAGAAUUUAAUUUUUAUCCACAAGUUCUAAUGCAAGAAUGAAAAAUGUUUAGAGGGAAGCAUUGCCAACAAAAAAAAUAUUGAAGGAUGUCCUUUCAUAUGUCAUUUAAAUAUGAAAUAAACAAAAUUUAUAAUGUACAUAUGGGGGUAUAUAGGGGGGAAAACGAUUUUAAAUAAAUGGGAUCCAGAUCAGAUCCAUGAAAAUCAAGCUAUGAGUUGAAUUUCCUCUCGUUUUUGCACUUGCUCAUCACCUAGCUUCAUUAGUGUUUCAGAACAUGCUAGAAGAAAACACAAGCAUAAUUUGUAAUAAUACAUUAUUAGUUAUUGCUGUGAUUGGUGGUGAUUCUGCUACUGCUACUGCUUCAUCUGUCAUCAUAUAUACUAUUACUAAAUACGUCAAAAUGAAUAAAUGAAGAAUUAAUUAAUGAUUAAUUGUAUCAGUGAUUGAGUGUGUAAAUAAUUAAUUCACUCAUUCAUACAGCUUCCUACUGUUUAAUUUCUAUUCAUAUUUCCCUCAUUUAAUCGUAUACAAGAAAAUUUUCCUGAUGCUGUUUUGUGUGUUAUUUAUGUUGGGGUUCCAUCUAAAAUUGUUGUCUUGAGGUUCAACAGUAUUUCUGCAAGUCAAUUUUAUGGAUCAUAGCUGCAUCACCUACAAAAUGUUCUCAGAACCACAGCUGAUAAAAUUUUUCUGAGAAACAGCAUUGUAUAUGUAAGCAUUGCACAGGCUUAUUUAUAAUAAUAUAGAAUUAAUGUCUUGGACAAGUAUGUAUUAAAAGCGCUGAUUUCAUAGUGUUGUGGAAAAGUGAGUUUGGGGCCAUGAUUGGCACUUUCCAGGAGCACUUUCAGCAAUGUCGCAAUGUUUAAUGAAAUUUCAUUGAAAGAUGCUUUGUACGGUACUAGUUAGAAGUUAGGAUAAAAGAACUGGAAGAACUUGGACCCCCCUUCCUGUAACAAAAGGAAUGAGCAGCAUAUGCAGGCUAGUAUUUGAGUGAGGCCUAAAAAAUAAUGCAAUGGUGUCAUUAGAAACAAUCUAUUAUAGAGCAUUGUAGGCUUUCACAGCUGAAGUCAAUAUAAGAGAAAAUUUCUGGGGCUGGUAGGCCAUGGUCCAUUUGGCAUCGAAGGGCCAAACAUUCUGCGACCUUAACAGCACUGAAGUUGUCUACCAUAGUCAUGGAUGAAACGUUUGUCCCUUCAAUGCCAACUGGACCAUGGCCUACCAGACUGGAAGUUUUCUCUAAUAAAUUAAAUGAAGAGUUGGAAAUCUAUGAGGUAAAAGAUUCAAAAGAAAAGGUUUUUAAGUGAUAAGACGAAGCAUUAUCAUACAUUUAUUCCAGUUUUAAUUGAUUAUCUAAAUUUUGAAAUAUGCUACAUUGAUGAGGGACCACUACCAAAAGCAUACAAGCCUCUUCUGCUGAAAUUUCAAGUGAUAGUGUAUUACAUUUUCUACUGUUACUGAUAUAGAAAUACUGUGUAAAUAAUCAUGAUUGUAUGGACGUGACAAUAUUUUUUAAAUAAAAUUUAUUUUUAAAUGUUAUCUUAAUCAUAUUUUCUUGCUUUUAGUGAAAAUGUCAACUGUGAAAGCUAAAAGAUUUGAUAUUGUGAACAUUUCUUUUCACAUUAAUUUUUUAUCCAGAGGAAGACAAUUAGGGUGACAUUAGGACAAAAAACAUUUAAUACUUAUUUUUUAAUACUUAGAAUAAUCAGAUUCACAUACUACAUUUUUUGGUACACUCGCUCUAUCUGGCCAAGGGCGGGAUUGAAGUAUUCCAGGGCUCCCAAGCACUAAGUUGUGUUGCCGCACCCCACGUAAAAAUAGCUCCAUUUUUAUUAAAUAACAAACUUAUCAUAAUACAAGUACAAAUGCAUUCCAAUAUGG